AGAGGGAGGAGUCUCCUUAGGCUCUCGAUGAUGGAAGUGAAGUGGAUCCAUGUGGCACUAAUCUUCUUUUUCCUGCUGUCUGUGGCCAUGAUGGGCUGCUUCCUGUGGCAGUACAGCCUCCCCAAGGAGGAGCCCGGCCCAUCUGCAAUGGAGGUGAGAUCAGAAGCAAUUCAGAUGUGUCCCCGCUAUCCAGAACCUGUACCACUGGACCACCCAAUCCCAGUCCUGAAGGAUGCGCUGGAGAAGGUGGACAUGCUUCUGCGCCAUAAAAUCCAUAGCCCAGGCCUCCCGGCCAUGUCUGCCAUUGUUAUCUACAAUGACACUGUGCUCUGGACAGGCAACUUUGGGAAGAAAAAUGGCUCUGACCCCUUCUCCGCAAUGCCCAAUGAGUACACCAUUUACAGGAUUGCCAGCAUCUCCAAGAUCUUCCCCACUAUCAUGCUCUACAAACUGUGGGAGGAAGGGAAGGUGACCUCUCUGGAUGACCCUUUGGAACGCUAUGCCCAGAGCUUCAUUAUUAAAAAUCCUCUGGGGCGACUCAAGGAAUCUGAACAAAGAUACACAGCGGAUGGACUGAUCUUCCUGGAGAAGGGGUCGCUGCCCCUCAAGCCAUCGCCUGUUACACUGCGCAGGAUGGCUAGCCAGCUCUCAGGGCUGCCCAGGAGGCUGCGGUCCACCAGUCUGCUGUGGAGAGGAAGCACGCAAGAUGCCCUCGCUCUCCUGAAGGAUGAUGUUCUGGUAGUUGAUCCAGGAACCAGGUGCCAUUACAGUAAUUUGGCCUUCUCUCUGAUGGCCCACGUGUUGGCAGAACAUGCCGCCGAAGGGGAGUACCAGCGGUGGGUCUCAGAGAAUAUCCUGGACCGCUUGGGCAUGGAGGACACUGGCUUUGAUAUCACACCCCCAAUCCGUUCCCAAAUGGCCGUCGGGUUCUAUAGCAGUGGGCAGCCGGCCCCCCUUUAUGACUUGGGCUGGUACAGGCCAUCUGGCCAGAUGUACUCCACAGCUGCUGACCUUGCCAAGCUGGCAAUGGUCUUCCUAGGCACCUACCACCGGCGCCUUUUGGAGCCGGACACGGUGAAGACGAUGCUGACGCCCCUUUUUAAGUGCUCCAGUGAAUACUUUGCCAACAAGACCGGCACACCCUGGGAGAUCAAUGAGCAGCUGGGCUAUGAUAUCAUCAGGAAGGAUGGCGACCUCGAUGGCUACUCAGCCACCUUCUCCCUUGUCCCCAAGCUCCGCUUAAGCUUCAUAGUGCUAAUGGCAGGGCCUAGGCCCCAAGGGGGAGAUAUUGUGACUCAGACAUAUGAGUACCUUAUCCCUGCCAUGGAGACAGCGUUCCGGGAGGCAGAGAAAAGCCUGAGCCCUCCCCCAAAUCCCACCCCUUAUGUUGGCUAUUACACUUACUCCAACCUGACCUUCUAUGAGAUUAAAGUUGGGCCCACUGGGGUUCUGGUCAUGCAACAGUUUGGACCCCAUAUUGAAGAGCUGAUCCCUGAAAACUACCGGACAAUCAAGCUCCACCACCUGGAAGACCGAGUCUUCCAGGUGGUUUUUGACAAGGAGUUCCCAUGCAUUCUGCAGCUGGGCUCUGCCUCCGUCUCACUGGAGACCCAGGAUGGGCAGCUCUUUAAUUUCUAUCCUUUUGACCGCAAGGGUUUGUCUCCCGGCUUUGACGCCCCGGGACUAAACACGUACAAUGUGGUGCGCAUCCAUCGCAAGCCCGUGUUCUACAGCUAA